UGUAGUUCCACCUGCUCGUUCAUUAUGUCUUCCGUUCUCUUGGGCCAGGUCCCGCUGCCCUUCUGUGAAUUUGGUCUCCUUUUCCAGCACUUGCGCUUUAUCAGUCAUGUCAGCGAACGCUUCGCUGACGCUGCCCUCUUUAUCUAACCCAUUGGUACUCUGAUAUCUCUAUCAGUGAAAAUUUAAAUAUACAUCCGAAGUAAUAUCAUGUUGGCCACAACUACAACUCCACCACCAACUCUUACCGCUUGUUCUUCCCCCCCGCCAAAACGAAGCGGGUCCAAAGCGAGCUCACUUUCCACCCCGAGCAGGACACCUCGCGAUCGUCGUACAACUACCGAUCCGCCCACGACGAGAAAAACUACCGGGACGAUGAUAGAACAAAGACUGGGCUCCGCGUCGAAAACAAAACUAUCCUCUUCCCACCUCUCGUCCACCCCGAGGUAUUUUUUCCACCUGUUAUUCCAGAGCACGUUCCUGUCUCCCAAGAAGUUUUUCCAGGGCGCCUGGCCGUUCAUUCUGAUCCUUUUGGUAGAGCUGUACGACGACUGGUACACGAAGUUCACGGCCGGCUAUACCUGCCCGCCGUGGUACGUUCCUAACGCGAGUAAGAUCUCAACGGAGGAGGCGGAUCAGCUGUUGCAAAAAGCCACCAAGGCCUUCUUCAGCGAUUUGCAGAACCUGCUGAAGUGGAUUUUGCUCGGCGGGUUUUCGGACCUGGGCGUAGCGGACGAUGGAAUGAUUUUUCGGCCCUACCACGAUGAAAUCCACUUAUGAGAGUGUGCACAACUACGUCGUCCCAUUUUUCCACUCAUUUUUUGAAGGACAUGAUCAGGAGCGUCAGCAGCGCUAGUAAAGAAGAUCAUGCAGUUUCAGUUAUUUCUACAUGGCAAAUUAAAAUUAAAAUUAUUCUGCCGGGAUGGUAACCGCUGUUUCUGCUUGGGCUUCCGGAACAUAUCAUGCAAACACCGCCAAAAGGCUUAAGCUAACAAGGCAACAACAGGCGUUCUUGUCUUUUUGGAUAAGUAUUAUUCUAUCUAGCAAAUGACGCAGGAACAGGCGGGUUGUGCACCAGUGUCAUAGCAAGACGCGGUCUGCCCAAUUGGUUACGAGUACGACUUCCCCGUGUCCGGCACUACCUGGCGCUGGGAGUUUUCGCCGCAGUACGCGGCGGAGGUGGAAAUGAACCACCUGACCUCGGCGCUCUCGUACGACCCCUUGAACCGCUUCUACUUCUGGGUCAGCAUGUGGCCGGGGUGCGACGUGUUGCUGCUCCUCCUCCUCAUCCUGUUUCGGCGCGGCGCCGCGGAGCUGAUGUUGUUAGUCGGGGUGGUGGUGCAGGGAAUUCUGCCGACCACGAUAAAACGGUCCGUGAACUGCUACGGCUUCGGAAACGACAAAAAUUUCGCGGACACCCACGUGCUCGAGCAGAUGCUGUGCCCACUGUGGCUGCGACCGCACACGAGCUGCCUUGACGACUGCGGGAUGCCGUCGGGCCAUGCGAACGUCGCGUAUUUCUACCUGGCGUGGGGACUGCCCUACUUCUGGAGAAGCGGGCUGUUGGGGGGCGAGGGAAGUAGUAGAACAAGAGCAAAUACAAAAACAAAAUCCGCACCAUCGUCUUCUCCUGAAUCUUAUUCUACCACCAGAGCUGUUGAAACAGCAAGAACAACAGCAAAAAACGUCGUGGCUUCCUUGCCCACCGCAGUGGAGCCGCGGCCGGAGGUGGACACUGCAAGUGGAAUUCUCCUCCUGGCGGGGGCGGGCUCUUUGUCUCAACCUCUGCUAGAGGAGAGCUCCUGCGGCGAGAACGCGAUAAUAGAUGCUGGUGCUGAAUAUAGGAGUAGAGAUUCGAACACAAAUAACCGCCGUGCGGCUGAGGACGGUGGUUCAAGGACGACUAGCGACAAAACCAUUGCAAGAAUCACGGUGGAAGACAACGACAGAACCACAACAGCAUUCCUCGCUGCAUCACCAGAGCAGCUGAUGAACACAUGGAGUCGUGGAAACGAUCGCAAUCAGUCCGCCAAACCAGUAUCAGCAGCGUUUUUUCCAGAGGAAGGGGCGAAAAAUGAAGCAGGAUACGGAAGCGGAGUGGAGAUAUCUUCGAGUGCUACGAUAGUACUACCUGCUUCUGCAGCAAGAGCAACCUCCUACAGACGCGGUCUCAUCCUCUUUGUGCUGUUCUUUCUCGCCGUCCAGCCCUACGUGAUUGUCGCGUUGGGAGACCACACACCCCUGCAAGGCCUCGCCGGCGCGGUCACGGGGUUUCUCACCGGGUUUUCCUUCUACAAGUUCGUUUUAAUCGAUGACGUGGUGCUGAGCUUCGUGGAGAGUCCCAUCGUACCAAUUGUAAAAAUGUCUGGGUCUGGAAGGUUGGAGCUUGUGAUGCUAAUUCUGGAUCAUGCAAAAAUCUGUGUUGCAUGAAUGCCAAAAGUUGCCCACUUUUGACGAAGUUGAGAGGAAGUUUCUCAUGCAGGAUAGGCAUGACAGGGAUCCCGCAGAAUCUGUCAUGCUAGGUUCUGCGUUCCAGUGAUGACAUGGAUCAUGGAAAAUCUGCAUGACAAGUCUCGGAAUCUUCCAGACCCAGACAUUUUUGCACUUGAUAGAUCGGAAGGUUUUUGGGGUUUCACGACAACUACACGUUUGGAGCUCGUUCUGGUUGUACUGAUAUUGAUAGUGGUAAACCUCCACACUUUAUUUCUACUAGUGCCAGCUGCCAGAAAAACGUAGCUGCCUUGUCACCUGCUGCUUCGACCAGCGUGCGAGGAGGACAGCAUGUAGGCAUAGACGUAUCGGCACAGGAAUCGAAGCCUUUGUCGUCGCCGCUGUUGCCCGCGAAUAAUGGUACUGGACGUGAAGCUGAACAAAAACAUAUCGGAAUACAAAGCCAAAACCUACCACAUAGUACAACUUGAUUUUAUCAGCAUGUCUGGCCCUACCAGCAAGUUUGAGUUUCUCGUCUUUCUACGACUUUAAUUUUUGUUUCUCACCUCGCACAGCACACUGUAAGAUGAAGACGAUUUAUUUAUGUCGGGUAAGAACCCUGCUAAUGUCAUCGUUUCGCCACGGACAGAGUUUUUAUCGUUAUGGAAUCACUUGCAGGGCGAACUGGCACAAAAUAAACGAAGCCGAUUGAUGCGGUAAUGAAUAAGUAGCUGCUCGUUCUUCUGGUAGACGGCCGCAUGUUUGUCAUGGUCCUGGACUCUGUACUCAGCAAACUUGUUGUAAUAUAAAUCAGAACACCGACGCGAC